UUCUUCUUCUUUUUUUUUUUUCUGUUGCAUUCACAAAGAUGUCUGGCAAGGAUCGUAUUCCCAUCUUCCCAACGCGCAUGGCGCUGACGACCAUGAAGAACCGCUUGAAAGGCGCUCAGAAGGGUCACUCGCUGCUCAAGAAGAAGGCCGACGCGCUGUCGCUGCGCUUCCGCUCGAUUCUCGGCGCCAUCAUCCGAAGCAAGGAGUCGAUGGGCGAGGUGAUGCGCCUCGCUUCGUUCUCGCUGGCGGAGGCCAAGUUCGUCGCCGGCGACUUUAGCCAUGGCGUGAUUGAGAGCGCCAAGGUGGCCAAGGUCCGCGUCCGCACCAAGACGGACAACGUUGCCGGUGUCAAGCUCCCGGUGUUUGAGCAGUACAUGGACAGCGUCGGCUCGACCUUUGAGCUCGCCGGUCUGAGCAAGGGUGGCCAGCACAUUGCCCGCACCCGCCUCAACUACAUUGAAGCCAUCAAGCUUCUCGUUGAGAUUGCCUCGCUCCAGACAACCUUCAUCACCCUCGACGAGGUCAUCAAGAUCACAAACCGCCGUGUGAACGCCAUCGAGCACGUCAUCAUCCCCCGCAUCGAAAACACCAUCUCGUACAUCAACUCCGAGUUGGACGAGAUGGAUCGUGAAGAGUUCUUCCGUCUCAAGAAGAUCCAAAAGAAGAAAAAGGCCAGCCGCGCUGCCUCCGAGGCCAAGGCCGCCCUGGCCAACGCCGCCACCAAGCUUGCCGAAGACCAGGCUGCUCAGGCCGCCUUCGCCCAAUCCAGCGCCGGCGCACCAGCUCCCGCCAAGCCCGCCAAGGGCAAGAAGGGCGACAAGGCCGCCGCCGCUGCUGCUGCUCCUGCUCCGAACUACGAUAUUCCAGAAGCCCUCCGCGAGGCCGCCACUGCACCAACAAAUCCCUUCGAGACCGACGCCCCUGCAGACACUAGCGCUGCGGACACUGGCAUGAUGAGCAACCCGUUCAUCACGCCAGAAGCGCAUGCGGGCCAGGAUAUCGUAUCGCAACAAGACCAGGACCUGCUGUUCUAAGCCAACAGGCUCCCACCAUACCCCCCUCGUUUGUUUGUGUCACAACCCACAAAACAAAACAAAAAAACGGGGGGCCUUCAAAAGCGCUGUAACCGAUCUCGUAUCUUUUCUUCUUUGUUUUCCCCCUCUUUUUGCUUUGAGUGUUUUGGGGUCAAUUGUUGUUGUCUUCAAUCUUCAAAUCGUUUUCUGUCCAUUUUGUGUUGUUCAUUUCGAUCAACCAAACAACGCAUCAAACCAAAGCAACACAAGCAGCAGGGCAAUGGAGAUUCUUGACUGGGC